GAGGCCACGAUUCAGGCGCCGCAGCCGGGGGCCGCCUCCAUGGUGCGGGUCAGCCGCUGCUGAAGUCAGCGAAACCGAGCCUGGCCUGGAGCUGGCCACGAGGAAGGCCAAGGCCAUGGCCAUAGCCACGUCGGCGCAGCUGGCCCGGGCGCUAUACGACAACACAGCGGAGUCCCCGCAGGAGCUGUCCUUUCGCCGCGGGGACGUUCUGCGGGUACUGCAGGGGGAAGGCGCUGGUGGGCUGGAUGGCUGGUGCCUCUGCUCCCUGCAUGGCCAGCAGGGCAUCGUGCCUGCCAACAGAGUGAAGCUCCUUCCGGCUGGCCCAGCACCCAAGCCUGGCCUCUCCCAGGUGCCCCCAACCCAGCCGGGCUCACCACAUGCAGCCCCAGAGCAUGGCAGUGAGGACCAGGAGUUGUACGUGGUGCCACCCCCAGCUCGACCCUGUCCUACCUCAAGACCUCCAACUGGACCCUGCCCACCCUCCCCUGACCCCAUCUACAAGGUCCCCAGAGGUGGUGGGACCCAACUGGCUGCCCCUGGAGCUGCCUUGGAGGUCUACGACGUACCCCCCACUGCCCUCCGCGUUCCCUCCAAUGGCCCCUAUGACUCCCCAGCCUCCUUUGCCCGCCCUCUGGCUCAGGUUGCCCCCCAGUCCCUUGGAGAGGAUGAAGCGCCCUAUGAUGUGCCUCUGGCCCCAAAGUCACCAUCAGACCUGGAGCCAGAUCUGGAGUGGGAGGGGGGCCGGGAGCCAGGGCCCCCCCUCUACGCUGCCCCCUCCAACCUGAAACGAGCAUCAGCCCUGCUCAAUCUGUACGAAGCACCAGAGGAACUGCUGGCAGACGGGGAAGUUGGCGCUGACGAGGGCAUCUAUGACGUCCCCCUGCUGGGGCCAGAGACACCCCCUUCUCCAGAGCCCCUGGGAGCUUCGGCCUCCAGUGACCCGGACACCCUGGCCCUCCUUCUGGCCAGAAGCCCCCCGCCCCCACACAGGCCCCGGCUGCCCUCAGCCGAGAGUCUGUCCCGCCGCCCUCUGCCUGCCUUGCCUGUGCCGGAGGCCCCCAGCCCUUCCCCGGCUCCUUCUCCUGCUCCGGGCCGGAAGGGCAGCAUCCAGGACAGGCCCCUGCCCCCACCCCCACCGUGCCUGCCUGGCUACGGGGGCCCCAAGGUGGAGGGGGAUCCGGAGGGCAGGGAGGUGGGGGACCACCCGGCAGGAUACCACAAUGAGUACGAGGGCAUCCCGGUGGCCGAGGAGUACGACUACGUCCACCUGAAGGGCAUGGAUAAAGCUCAGGAAGCCAGGCCUCCAGAUAAGGCCUCCCCAGGGGAUCCCGAACAGCUGGAGAGGGGGCCGCCAGAGCAGCAGGAGGCCCUGUCCCCCGGGGAGCCACUGGUUCUGCCCACUGGAGAUCUACAGCUCCUGCACUUCUACGCCGGGCAGUGCCAGGGCCACUACUCAACACUGCAGGCGGCUGUGGCGGCCCUGAUGUCCAGCACCCAGGCAAACCAGCCCCCGCGCCUCUUUGUGCCCCACGGCAAGCGGGUGCUGGUGGCUGCUCACCGCCUGGUGUUCGUUGGGGAUACCCUGGGCCGCCUGGCAGCCUCUGCCCCUCUGCGAGCACAGGUCGGGGCCGCGGGCACAGCGCUGGGCCAGGCAUUGCGGGCCACAGUGCUGGCCAUCAAGGGGGCCGCCCUGGGCUACCCAUCCAGCCCUGCAGCCCAAGAGAUGGCGCAGUGCGUGGCGGACCUGGCGGGGCGGGCCCUGCAGUUCACCACUCUGCUCGCCAGCCUGGCCCCCUGAGCCCCUCGUCUCCACUCUGCCUUCACCUGCCUCCCAGAGCCACCCCAGUCCUCAGGUGGCUGGAGGGCUCUGUUUUCGGGUCUAGGAGACACUGAGGCAUCUUUCCCCCUUACUGCCCUUUCCAGGCAUCUCAGCCUCUCACUGAGGCCCCUCCUCCCCUACCCCACAGCUUUUUGUACGAGCCAUUUUGUAUAAAUUAUUUAUAUUUAAUAUUAUUCCCUGCUUUGUCAGGGGCAGGCACCAGGCCCUCCAGGGACCUUCCUCCUCCCUCAGCCUGGGGUGGAGGUUCUUAGACUCUGCAAGGCCAACCCCCUCUGGAAUCCUAACCCCACAGAGAGCCAAGUAGCUGAAACCUAGAGCUGCCAGGAGCCCCUUUUUUGUCCUGUGUCUAGGCUCUGGAACAUCAGCGCCUCCCUGUUAGCUGAGAGCAAGGGCAAAACGUUGGCAGCCCAGAGUGGGAAGGUCUGGGAGAGGCCAGAGGACUCCUCCACACAGAAGCAGGAGAGCUGGGCCUCUGACAUGGUGCACCUCAAUAAAUCGGGCUUUCUGGUUCCCCGACUCUGCUUCCUGGGAGCCUGGGGUGCAGGCCUGGCACCCUUGGCCAAACUGUUGGGACACACACUGUGGGCAGUCUGCCUUUAGGCUUUGUGGGGAAAUUCUGCUGUUCCUCCAACUAUUCAUCUAGCAGGUUCUCAGCUCCCAUGAUGUGCCAGGCACAGUUCUGAAGGUCCAUUGUGGGGGUGGGCUGGAUAUAAACAAGUCAGUUGAAACAAGUGAAUAAAAAAAAAAGGAACCUGCCACAGA